AGGAACUGUUCUGAAAGUUCUGACAAGCAUUAGUGCAUACAGACGUGGUUUUAAGUUCUUGUAAAAAUAUCAAAGAGCAAAAUAAAUGCGUGAUUGUUGUUUUGAUAAAUGGAGGAGAAAUUGAAGGCUUAUCGGAGAAGGAAGCGUCGUGUAGAAGCUGUAAAGGGAUUCACAGAUAAACUCGUGAAGAUGGUGUCAUUUCAGCAAGUUCGUGUUGAUUCUCCUGAAAAACCCGAGGAUCAAGCACCGGAUGCUGAGGUCAAAAAUGAAAAUUUAAAUGAAAAUGAGGAAGAAGAUUCAAAAGAGAUCCCUGAUGAAGUUUCUGUGACUUCGGAGACUUCUGAUAUGGCUCUGGGAGCCCCCAAGAGAACAGCAUUUACAUACUUUGUGUACGUCCUUUACUUCCUCCUCUGGGCAACCUGCUAUGCCAUUGCGAUUGAACUGCAAUUUGGAGUGGUAUUCUUCCUCUUCUCUGCCCUGGCUGCUGUCUACCUGAACACCCGGACGAGACCCAAACAACCUGGGGAAGUUAGUGCGUACAGUGUCUUUAAUAAGGAUUGCCAUGCCAUCGAUGGAACGCUAAAGGCUGAGCAAUUUGAAGCUGAACUACGCUAUGCUGCGAUGAAAUAAUUAGGCUGUGACACACAAAGUGGAGGAGAGAUAAGAUAGCGCCCCAGAAAUUCGUACCAGGGGGCCCUCGUCAGCUGCUUUAUUAGCAGAGAAAGCAGCUGUGCUGCAAAAUAUUUCACCUUUACUUUAUUUUUUUGUAUCGUCUUGUUAGGAUUUAAGGGACCCUGUGGAUAUGCUAUGAUGUGAGCUAUGCUGUCUAUUCUUUAAAUUAAUUACCUAAGUCUUGAGAAAUGUAUGAAAUAUAAAUUAUUAAUUUUGUUUUAAAAAGACAAAAAAAAUGAAAUAAAUAUAUUUUUUAGAACA